UUAACUCUCUCAUUUUUCUCAAACGUACCCAACCUUGCUUUCUACUAUAUGUCUCUGAACCCUUCUCUCUCUCUCUCGCUCUCGCUCUGUGUGUGUUUCUCUCUUUUUCACCAUACAUAGUCGCGUACAACAAUCCAUUGAACAUAUAAAACCAUACAUUAUGGCCAAAUCUAGUUGCUGUGACAAAAAUGGAUUAAAGAAAGGUCCAUGGACUUCUGAGGAAGAUCAGAAGCUAAUUGCUUAUAUUCAGAAACAUGGGCAUGGCAGGUGGAGAACUCUGCCAAAGAAUGCAGGGUUAAAACGAUGUGGGAAGAGCUGCAGGCUUCGCUGGACUAAUUACCUGAGGCCUGACAUUAAACGAGGGAAAUUUUCUGUUGAAGAAGAAGAUGCCAUAAUUCAAUUACAUAGUGUUUUGGGAAAUAAGUGGUCUGCCAUUGCUUCUCGCUUGCCUGGAAGAACUGAUAAUGAAAUCAAGAAUUAUUGGAAUACCCACAUAAAGAAAAAGCUACUAAGAAUGGGGAUUGAUCCUACAACCCAUAAGCCACGUUUAGAUCUUCUUCAACUCUACUCAUUCAUCAACUCUUCUCUUUAUAAUUCAUCAUCUCAAAUUGGUAAUAUUUCAAAUUUGCUCGGAAAUGUUGGAUCAAUCUUGAAUCCUAAUUUACUCGACAACUUAGCCUCUUUUCGUUUCACCUCUCAAGAAAAUACUAGUCAAAAAAAUUUUCAAGAAAAUCAAUUAUUCCAAAGCUUGCAACAAACCCAAUUUCAAGAAAUUAUAGAAUCAUCAAAUGCUCAACUUUUAAAUGAAACCCAAUUCUUGCAACCCAAUUUGGACCAACUUUCUAAUGACCAAAUUAAUAACUUUAGCUACCAAAAUUUUUUGAUGCUGCCGAAUUAUAAUGAGAUGAUGAGUAAUGAAGGUAUCAUGAAAGCUUCAUUUGAGAAUCUACCAAAUUUGGGUUUUGGAUCUGUAAUUUCUACAACUCCUUCAUCAAGCACCACUCCUUUGCAGUCUUCUUCGACAAAUUAUGUCAAUGGUAGCACAGAAGAUGAGAGGGACAGUUACUGUAGCAAUAUUUUAAUGUUUGAUAUCCCUAAUAGUUUGGAUGUUAAUGGGCUAUUGUAAGGGUAUAGAAAUUUGUCAUUAGUUCAGAUUUUUAUGGAUGUUUUGAAGUUUUUGAGAAAUUUAUAAUUUUUUUCUUUUUCGGAUUUUUAUUA